UUCCAAAACCCUCUUGUUUACGUCAAUGAAUAAUGAAUAAACACGAUGCCGUGGCACGUGAACACACAUCAAACAUCGGCAUCUGGUUAUUCAAACGCCAUCGCAUGUGUCUGAAACUAGAUCCCGACAUUCUGGAGAUGAUAACAACCAAUUCGCAGCCAAAACCCAGAAACAAUACUAACAGCAACACGGAAUGGCGUCCAGACAGGGGCCCCCGAACAUGAAUGAUAGCAACACACCAACGAAUUAUACAUAAUUGAUGUCUGAAUUGGCCAAUAGAUGUGCGAGAAAUUGUUGGUUCUACAAAAGUAACCAAUCAGAAGAUUUGUUCAGAAGUGGGUUGGCCAGUGUUGUGUUGUAAUUCAUGUUCCGGGGCGCUGCACUCGCCACCGUUUCCUACCCUGGUGCAUGGCGGUCGGACAGGAGGACUCUCUGAGCUAAAGCAUGCUCUUGGCCCAGAUAAACCGGGACUCUCACGGCAUGGCAGAGUUUCACGAUGCGGACGGCCAGCAGGUUACUCUUUGUCUGACGGAGGCCGUGACGGUUGGAGAUGGAGAUCAGAUGGAAAGCAUGGACACGGUUAGCCUGCAGGCUGUCACUCUGGCCGAUGGCUCUACUGCCUACAUCCAGCACGACUCCAAAGCCUCUUUCUCAGAUGGACACAUCAUGGACGGCCAGGUGAUCCAGCUGGAGGACGGGUCGGCGGCCUACGUCCAGCAUGUCUCUAUGCCCAAAGCAGGAGAGGAUGGCCUACACCUUGAAGACGGACAGGCAGUUCAACUAGAGGAUGGCACAACGGCCUACAUCCACGCCCCUAAAGAGACGUACGAGCAGGGGGGCCUGCAGGAGGUGCAGCUGGAGGACGGCAGCACGGCCUACAUCCAGCACACGGUGCACAUGCCCCAGCCCAGCACCAUCCUGGCCAUCCAGGCGGACGGCACCAUCGCUGACCUGCAGACGGAGGGCGGCGCCAUGGACGCUGAGACCAUCAGUGUGCUGGAGCAGUACACCACCAAGGUGGAGAAUGUGGAGAAUGCCCUGGGCCACUUCGGCCGAGCGGACACGGACAACAGCAUCAUGCGGAUCGUGGUUCAGGGGCAGGAGAACCGAGUGGGGAGAGUCACGCAUGUUGGGGAGAAGUCGUUUCGCUGUGAACACGACGGCUGUGGGAAACUCUACACCACUGCCCAUCAUCUCAAGGUCCAUGAGCGCUCCCACACAGGGGACAAACCCUACAUCUGUGAAUACAUCGGCUGUGGGAAGAAGUUUGCAACAGGCUAUGGACUGAAGAGUCACUCCCGUACACAUACCGGGGAGAAGCCUUACCGAUGUCAGGAGAUUAACUGCAGAAAGUCCUUCAAGACCUCUGGAGACCUCCAGAAGCACACCAGGACGCACACAGGUGAGAAGCCCUUCAAAUGCCCUGUGGAUGGCUGCGGUCGCUCCUUCACCACCUCCAACAUCAGGAAGGUCCACAUCCGCACCCACACAGGGGAGCGGCCAUACUACUGCUCAGAGCCCAGCUGCGGACGCUCUUUCGCCAGCGCAACAAACUACAAGAACCACAUGAGGAUCCAUACAGGCGAGAAGCCAUACGUGUGCACGGUGCCGGGCUGUGAGAAGCGUUUCACUGAGUACUCCAGCCUCUACAAACACCAUGUGGUCCACACACCCUGCAAGCCGUACAACUGUAACCACUGUGGAAAGACGUACAAGCAGAUCUCCACCCUGGCCAUGCACAAACGCACCGCCCACAACGACACGGAGCCCAUCGAGGAGGAGCAGGAGUCCUACUUCGAACCGCCCACAGACGCCAUCGACGACCCCAACGUAACCUACACCACAGUGAUGGAGGCAGAGGAUUCUGGAUCGGAGCAGAUGCCCGUGGAGACCACAGAGAUCCUUGGGCAGCAGCAGCACGUUGCCCUGCUGACUCAAGAGGACGGAACCCAGCAGCAGGUCAGUAUCUCUGAGGCGGACCUACAAGCAAUGGGAGGUACCAUCACCAUGGUAACCCAGGAGGGAACCACCAUCACCAUCCCCGCCCACGAGCUGUCAACGCAAGGGGGACACUCGGUCACCAUGGUGACAACGGACGGAUCAGAUGGACAGGUGGCCAUCAUGACUCCUGACAUGAGUGCGUUUCAAACGGUUGAGGAGGGCGGAUACAGCCAGGAGCACAACGUUCACCCAGUCACCCUAUUGGCCACCUCCAAUGGCACUCACAUCGCGGUCCAGCUGAGUGACCAGCCCUCGCUGGAGGAAGCCAUCAGGAUAGCCUCUCGGAUACAGCAGGGUGAAUCCCCCGGCCUGGACGAUUGACCCCAGCAUUCUGAACUUUACCAUUAGGAUCCUACAGAACCCUUCUAAGUUGACCUAGAAGGAAAUUACGUCUUCCUCCAAGUUUUCCACAGCUUAGCUUUUAUGUGUACAGUAUUUUUUUUUGAUAACUGCUGUUGUGCUAUGCUAUUUUGUUCCUUUAUCCAAAAAAAUAUUGGAGAGGGGAAUGAUGCUUUCUAAUGUUUAUGGUGCAUAAUGCACACUCUGCAAUGUACAGAUAAUGCUAUUUCUAAUUAAAACAAAAAAAAAUAUGCAAUGGUUUACUUGUUUGUUGAACUCAUUCAUCGCAU